AUGACGAGUGCUGAAGCAGAGACUCCUCAUCCCCUUGAACAGACUGCAGACGUGGUCGACAACCAGCAGAGUGAACAAAAGCAAGCAACUGAGCACAUGAAAGGAUGGGCUCUCGCUUCUUUGACCCUGGCAUUCAUGUCUAUUUGCUUCGUGCUAGCACUUGAUAAUACCAUUCUAGCGACCGCGAUACCUCAAAUCACCAGUGACUUCAAAAGUCUCAACGAUAUCGGUUGGUAUGGCUCUUCCUAUUUGAUUGCCCAAAUGGCACUCCUUCCGACCUGUGGCCGUUUGUAUGCCUUCUACAAUAUCAAAUGGGUAUACUGCAUUUCGCUUGUUGUCUUCGAACUUGGCUCUGUCGUUUCAGCAGUUGCACCAAAUUCGAUGACGCUCAUCAUAGGGCGAGCAGUAUCUGGCCUGGGCGCUGCUGGUCUAGUGAGUGGAACGACAACUAUUCUGUCAUACUGCGUCGCUUUAAAGAUGCAAGCGAAACUCUCGCCCGCCGUACUGGGCUUGUACAGCAUCGGAUCUGCCGUGGGACCACUCGUGGGCGGUUCUAUAACCGAUAGCAAGGUGCUUACCUGGCGAUUUGUUUUCUGGAUCAAUCUCCCCUUUGGAGCUGUUGGCCUAGCCCUGGUUUGGUUCACAUUGAGAAAACCUCCACCGGCCGUAAAAGGUAGCCUUCCUUGGACUCAAAAGCUACGUCAACUCGACAUCCCAGGAGCUAUUUUAAUACUUGGCGCAACUGUGUGUUUGAACCUUGCUUUGCAGUGGGGCGGCAUCGUAUACCCAUGGUCUAACGCAAAUGUCUUCGGCUGCCUGAUCGGAUUUGGCGUACUCUUGCUUACCUUCCUGUUUUUGCAAUUCCGAGGUAAAGAAAGCUCUACCGUUCCUCUUCACAUCUUCCGGAGCCGUACCGUAUGUGCGUCGUGCGGCUUCAUGAUGCUCGUUCAGGUGGCUAUAGUGCUGCACUCGUACUAUUGGCCCAUAUACUUCCAAUCGGUCAAAAACACGAGUGCAAGAGACUCGGGCAUCAACUUACUCCCAGUCAUCGUGUCCAACAGCCUUGGCACAAUCUUGGCUGGCUGGGUCGCGUCAAAGUUUGGACACUAUGUACCGUUGAUGUGGAUCGGCGCCCCCACCUUAGCCACCGGAGGGGGUCUGUAUCAACUCAUUCACGUCAACAGUUUUCGCGGCUAUUGGAUAGGAUUCCAAGUCAUAUCUGGAUUCGGCUACGGCAUUUGUAGCCAAAUGCCGAUACUGGCUGUUCAGGUUGUCCUAAACAAAGCCGACAUACCGACGGGCCUUGUAAUGAUUAUGUUUUUCCAGAUGCUGGGAGGCGCUUUGGCUCCAAGUGUUGGUCAAAAUGUCUUCACGGAUAGACUACUGAGAAAUCUGAGUGGAUUGCAGGGGAUAGAUGCCGCAGCCGUAGUGGCAGCCGGUGGAACUGAGUUCAGGAAGAUAGUUCCUCCGGAGUUGAUGGAUGCAGUUAUUAGGGCAUUCAAUUCUGCUUUAAAGAGUGUUUUUUGGGUAGCACUUGUCUCUCCAGCCAUUGCUUGGAUUGUUAGCUGGGCAAUGGAGUGGAAGAAGAUACCAGACUCUAAGGGUGCGACCAUCCAGGCUGCGGCUACGGAGGUCUUGGAGAAAUAG